AUGGUGAAGCCGCAUCUUCGUCACUACUGCGUCGUGGGCCGCGAGACGCCCUCGGAGAAGAACCCCGCGCCGACAGUGUACAAGUUUGAGGUGUUUGCCCCCAACUUUGUUGUCGCCAAGAGCCGCUUCUGGCGCAUGAUGCGGGAGAAGAAUAAGGUGAAGUCCACCCACGGUGAUGUGCUCUCGUGCAAGGUCGUGAAGGACCGCAAGCUGGCCGCACGCAACUACAGUGUCGACAUUGCGUACUACAGCCAGCGCUGCGGCUACACGCAUAUGGUGAAGGAGUUCCGCGAUGUCUCCAAGGCCGGCGCGGUGAGCCAGGCGUACCACGACCUUGCCUCUCGCCACCGUGCGCGGUACCACAACAUUGAGGUGCUGGGCGUGAAGAGCAUUCCGAACCACCAGGUGAAGCGUCUCAGCAUUUCGGAGUACCACGCCAGCAAUCUCUCCUUCCCGCUCCUGCACCGCCGCGUCAAGGCACCACGGAAAGACCGCGUCGUCUUUGUCAAGAAGAACACGAAGCGCGCCGUCGUUGCGUAG